UCAACAAUGUCGCCGUGAAAAGAAAAGUAGUAGAAUUUCGCGAUAGUCUUUCUUAUAUUCAUUUUGAAGCACACACUCAGUAUGGAAGACACAGCGUUAGCUUAUUUUGCAUCUGUUAACCCACUAUCCAAAAAAAUCGUCCACGAGACACGAUUGGCGAAGAAUAUUUUGAAUGAAGAAUGGGGAGGAUUGAAUUGGAAGAAACAGGAAGAGGCACUUGACGAUUUUUUCGUUGACCGAAAUGUCCGAGAAAAAUAUAUUUCCGAUGCAAAAGACAAUACUUAUGCCGUAUCUUUCCCGAAAUUACACAUCCAGUCAGGAGAAAAAAUAAUCGUGGACAUGGACAGUGACAUAUGGUCGUGGCAAGAUGUUCAUUCCGCUCCCUUUUCAUGGCGCUCAAAGAGUCAACAAGACCUUAAUCUCCUAGAUUUGGACCCAGAAAAGCUUUCUAAACCUCAGCCUUCUAAAGGGGCUGGCAAGUCCAAGACAGGACAAGAAAAUGAUGAACGACCAACAGCCUCACAAGAAUUUGUUUACAACUCCAACCCCAGUAUAUGGGAAACUGACAAGUACAAAAAUUGGAAAUCUGAUCCAAAUAAUUUUAUUUUGCCAGAGACCAAUGAAAGCUAUGGUAUUGGUCAUGGUAAUACAAGGGAUAGCUGUGUCUCUGAUGUUUCACAGCCAUCUGUUAUUGAAAGCAAACAUACAGAGGACAAUGAGGAAGAAAUCUCACAAAUAGCACCCCAACCAGCUAAAAGACUUCCAAAAAAAGCUUCAUCCAAGUCUCCUGUUGCUAGCAGGCUGAAAUUGUCUUCGUCAUUCUCAAAACGUCGUCAAGAAGAAGAACAAGAACUUAUGACAGAUGAAAUGUCCAAAAAAGACUUCCCCAAGGCACACAAAGACAUAGAAAGUAAUGUCUUUGAUAACCCUAUGAUGAAUAUCCGAGAACAGAAUUUAAUGGAUGAGGAGACAGAGAGCAUUAGUAGUACAACCUCAUCACCAUCAAGGAAACCAUUGUUAAAGGAGCCAAGGGUGCAGAUGAUGGAGCGGGAAGAACAGAUGGACUUGUUUGAUGGAGCCAAGAGGACCCUGGACCUAACUGAUGAUCAGGCAGGACUACUCACUGAAUCACAUGGCUCUGUUCUGUCUGGGUCAGACAUGGUUGUCUUACGAGAUUCAGAGGUGUCUGCAGAGGAGAGACCAAACUCAUCUGUUCCCACCACUGGAUUCACAUUUCUUGACAACUGGUAGUGAUGACAAUAAAGCAUGACAUCUCACCACUGGGACCAUCAACUGAUAAUUAUACACUUAAACAUUUGACAGAUCUGGAUUAUAUUUGUGCUGCUGAUGAUGUUUUUUCAGGCUUAAUAUAUUACAGUGUACCUAUAACCACACUUAAGCAAUGGAUUGCAGACACAUGGACAUAACAAAAGAAUAAGAUUGCAGUAUUUCUUGGUAUAACUUUCUAUUUGCCUUAUUUUGUAGGUCAUAAGCUGAGAAAAACUUGCUCAAUUUUUAGCAUUGUCCUAUUAGGGUUAUACUGUAAGGUUGUCACUACCAUACCAUUUCACAUCCUUAUGUUGAGAUGGUGAUUUUUAUGUUUUUGAAUAUUAACAUAAAACAUAUGUAUAAUAAAUAUAGAAAUAUAACAACUUGUAAAGUGCUUUUGCACAGGAAGUGUUAUUUUAUUUUUUCAUAAUUGAAAUGUUAAGACUAGUAUAAAUGUAUUGGUUUUAUUUAAAAGAUCUGACUAUAUUUUGCAUUCUGAAAUUUAUUUCGUUAACUUAAAUGAUCAUUUGUAAGGCAAAAUACAUGUUUCUCU